CGGUCCUUGGGCAAAGCCCCUAACCCUGUGCGGUUGCGAAUAGACGCGGUAGUGUUCCUUCCGACGGGACCCUGCGGGAGGAGACGCCUUUUCGGCGAGGCCCUACGCAGGUGUGAGGAGGUGUGACCCAGGAAGGUCCGCAUCAGACGGUGGAGUUGGAAAAACAACAUUGAUCCAGAAAGCCAGUGAGGUUUUAAAAUCCUCUGGUGUGCCUGUUGAUGGAUUUUACACCGAAGAAGUCAGACAGGGAGGGAGAAGAAUAGGAUUCGAUGUUGUCACAUUAUCCGGCAUGCGGGGAGUUUUGUCUAGAAUUGGGGCAGAGCCUCCGCCUGGAAAACGUGAAUGCCGAGUCGGACAGUAUGUGGUAGAUCUGACUUCCUUUGAGCUCUUGGCACUUCCAGUCUUGAGGAAUGCAGGUUCCAGCAGUGGCCCAGGGCAGAGGGUGUGUGUCAUCGAUGAGAUUGGGAAGAUGGAGCUCUUCAGUCAACCUUUUAUCCAGGCUGUUCGUCAGAUGCUGUCCACCCCAGGGACUGUAGUCCUGGGUACGAUCCCAAUACCUAAAGGAAAACCGCUGGCCCUCGUGGAAGAAAUCAGGAACAGAAACGAUGUUCAGGUGUUCAAUUUUUUAUUUUGUCUAUGGAACCAAGGCACGGCGAGCUCCCUGAGCGUGUGGGAUACCCGCUGCUGCCCCUGUCCUGACACCCUUAGGUCCUGGCGGAGGGGUGAGUGUAGACUGGGGGGCUCACCCACGGCCCUGACGGCAGAGGAGGCAUGUCUCACCGUCUGGUCCCCAGGAAGUUGAAACGAGGUCACCAAGGAAAACAGAAACCACCUUUUGCCAGAUAUUGUGACGUGUGUGCAAAGCAGCAGCAAAUGAAGAUGGUUUGUGUUCCUGUUUUGUGCACUUCAGGAUGCGCUGGUUCACACCAAGCCUCAUCAGUGCCCUGCCUGUCAAGGAUUCAUGCCUUCAGGCUUAUGAAACCUUAUGGGCUUUUCCAGAGAAAGCCUGACAGCUGUUUUCCAUAAAAUGUUUAAAAGAUCAAAUUAGCCCAAAUGCUGGAUUGGCGCGACAAGAUGAACAGUCCACUGCGCUUUAUUUAUGUGGAGAGGUUUCUGUUUAUUUCCUCUUGCAGUUGUGCGUAUGAUUUUGGUAAAUCAUGAAAUGAGAAAUGGUUUUCAGAGUAUUAGAUGGAACUUGCCCCCACUGAAGUUUAUAAGGGUGUUCUGGGGAAGGGGGAGGGGAGCGUUCGCUAUCUAAUCAGUUCUGCACAUAAUGAAAAUUAAAGCCCUCUCCAGGUGCAGCUUUAGCUUAAAACUGGUUACUUCAGAGAAAAGCCAUGUGAGGUCCUCCCCACCCGUCUCAUUGUUUAUUUGAUUGCUUAUUGCUUAAUAAAAUACAACUAAAUGUGGUUGCAAA